AUGUUUUCGGGUGAUCCCGCAAGUGAAAACAGAAAGGAGCCCUUUUUGCCUGGACCAGCCAAAAAACGGCCGAGAAUUCAGGAGCGCGAAAUCGAUUCACUGACCGAAUCUGCAAAAAUGGGUGUAAACAGUGAAAAUGGUAUGGCAGGUGAUAGUGAUGUUGUUCUGGAUAAAAAUCUUUAUUCGCGACAAAUUUAUGCUCUGGGCGAAUCAGCGAUGAUGCAUUUGAGAAAGGCAUCUGUACUGAUAUCAGGCAUUGGUUCAGUCGGUGUAGAAACCGCUAAAAAUUUGAUUCUUGGUGGUAUCCGUCAAGUAACAAUUCAUGACACGCGUGAUACGAAAUGGUUGGAUUUGAGCGCACAGUAUUACUUAAAAGAAUCGGAUAUUGGACGAAAUCGAGCGGAAGCAAGUUUUGAACGUUUGGCCGAAUUAAAUGACAGUGUCACUUGUCAUCUCUCUAUGGAGCCACUUAGUGAAAAUUUUAUAAAGCAGUUUGACUUAAUAGUGCUCACUGAUGCACCGCUAUCCACGCAGUUGUUAGUGAACGAUUGGACUCGUAAGCACAAUCGUUGUUUCAUAUCUGCUGACGCCCGAGGACUAUUCGGCUUUAUAUUUGUCGACGUAGGUCCGAAGUUUGAAGUUAAUGAUUUAAAUGGAGAGCGAUGUAAAGAAUCGCUAAUUGAACACGUAGAUGCGGAGACAGGCGAUGUAACAACGUUAGAUAAUGUAAUGCAUGGUCUUGAGGAUGGCGAUUACGUAACGUUUUCGGAAGUCAGAGGGAUGACUGAAUUAAAUGGUAUUAAACCACUCAGAAUUACAGUUAAAAAGCCAGAUGUGUUCAAUAUCGGGAAAGUUGCUGCCGACUUCUCACCUUAUGUGGAGGGUGGACGUUUUACACAAGUUAAAGUGCCUUCUACGAUUUUUCAUAAAUCGCUGAAAGAAUCACUUAAUGAACCCGAUAUAUUAAUGUGGGAUUUUGCGAAAUUCGAAAGUUCCUCCCAGCUUCAUGCCUUGUGGCAAGCACUGCAUUCCUUUGAAGUUAAGCAUAAACGAAGUCCUAUGCCACGAAACAAUGAUGAUGUUGAACUUCUCAAAACUGAACUUCCGCCUGGUGCUCAGUCAGAUGAAAAGUUGCUAAGAAAUUUCAGUUAUCAGGCUUGUGGUAAUCUUGCACCUAUUGCAUCGAUUGUUGGUGGUAUCGCUGCGCAGGAAGCAAUGAAAGCUGUUAUGCAUCAUAUGACCCCUUUGAAGCAGUUUCUUUACAUUGAUUGCAUAGAAGCAUUGCCAGGCGAUUGGUCACCUUUCGAUAAUAGCAAGCUAACGGCUAUUGAUUGCGAAAUAAGAAAUUGUCGGUAUGAUGGGCAGAUUGCUGUCUUUGGACGAGCUUAUCAGGAAGCACUUCUAAAACAGAAAUAUUUCAUUGUUGGCGCAGGUGCAAUUGGUUGUGAAUUACUGAAGAAUUUGGCCACGAUGGGUUUAGCAUGUGGACCUGAUGGUAAACUGAAAAUAACAGAUAUGGAUCAUAUUGAAAUCAGUAACCUUAAUCGACAAUUUUUGUUUAGGCGAAGUGAUGUUGGCAGUAAAAAGUCUGAGGUGGCUGCUAAAGCAGUAAGAGUUUUCAAUCCUAAUAUAAAAAUUGAUGCUCUUUCUGAACGUGUUGGCACCGAGACAGAAAGCAUUUUCACUGAUGAUUUUUUCAACGAUCUCAACGGUGUACUUAAUGCGCUCGACAAUGUUGAUGCACGGCGAUAUGUGGAUCGUCGCUGUAUUUACUAUCGUUUACCACUGAUUGAUUCUGGAACGAUGGGUACAAAGGGCAAUACGCAAGUGGUUUAUCCUCAUCUUACUGAAUCUUACGGUUCAUCCGUCGAUCCACCGGAAAAAGACAUUCCAAUUUGUACACUGAAGAAUUUUCCCAAUGAAAUUCAGCACACCAUACAGUGGGCACGAGAUUUAUUUGAAGGUUUAUUCACAACUCCAGCAGAAACAGCAAAUCAAUUCAUAUUUGAUGAACGCGGCUUCCUGCAGCGGAUUGAUCAAAUGAACACAGCUCAUCGACUGCAUAUAUUGUCUAAGGUAGAAGAAGCUCUGAUCAGCGAAAGACCACAUAGUGCAGAAGAGUGCAUAAAAUGGGCCCGGAUGAAUUUCCAGGAAUACUUCCACAACAUGAUUGCCCAGUUGUUACAUAUGUUCCCGCCUGAUCAAGUGACCGAACAAGGGAUUAAAUUUUGGUCAGGUAGUAAACGUUGUCCACAUGUUCUGGAUUUCAAUCCAAAUGAGCCAGAGCAUUUCAAUUUUGUUUGGGCUGCAUCUAUCCUUCGAGCACAACAAUACGGUAUCACACCGAUAACUGACAAAAAGAAGUUCUUGACUUACUUGAAUGAAAUUCGCCCACCGCCUUUCAUGCCAAAGUCAGAUAUAAAGAUAGCUGUCACUGAAGCUGAAGCAAAACAAGAAGAAAAAGCAGUAACUGAUGAUGACGUUGAUGAAAAACUGCAAUCGGUUAUGAUGAAUUUAGCUAAACUGAACAAAAAAACAACGAAGUCAUUGGUUCCAAUAGACUUUGAAAAAGAUGAUGACACUAAUCAUCACAUGAAAUUUAUUACUGCUGCUUCAAAUUUACGCGCUGAUAAUUAUGAAAUCGCCCCAGCAGAUGUCAUGAAAACGAAGCAGAUUGCUGGUCGCAUCAUUCCUGCUUUAGCGACGACAACAGCCGUUGUAGCUGGAUUAGUCUGCAUUGAGCUGUAUAAAAUGAUUGUUAAUGGACAUAUAUUAUCGAAUGUUCCGUUGGAACGUUUCAAGAACGGUUUUUUGAAUUUAGCCUUGCCAUUUUUUGGAUUUUCGGAACCAAUCGCAGCGCCAAAGAAGAAGUGUGCGGAUGGAUGUUUCACAUUAUGGGACAGAUUCGAAAUACAAGGACCGAAGAAAAUGAAAGAAUUAAUUCAAUGGAUAAAGGACGAAACAGGAUUAGAUGUAACGAUGAUGUCAUGUGGAGUAUCACUCAUCUACAGCUUUUUUUUAAGCAAUGAUAAAAAAAAGGAGCGCUUGGAGCAAGAUAUGAAAGAGAUUGUGGAGGAAGUAACGAGGAAGAAGAUUCCAGACUAUGUACAAUCAAUUGUUCUCGAAGUAAUAGCCAAUAAUAAAGAUGAUGAGGAUGUGGAAAUUCCAUAUAUCAAAUUCAAUCUUAGAUAA